UCGCUCCAUUUGCAGCUUGCUAGCUUAGCUCCAACCAAAUACCAUCACACACUGACCUACCUAGCUACCUAGCUCCCUUACUAGUAAGUUAAGAUAGUAGUCCUUUGCAACAAGAAGCACUUGCUGAUUCUUAGCAACAAUCUCGAUCGAUCGCCGAUGAGAAGGCAGGGCGGCAAUGAGGCUUCCCCCUCGAUCAUCCACACGUCUUCCAUCGCUCUUCUCCAGGAGAGGUUCAGGAACCUGCAGAGGGUCAAGGAGAUGAGGGAGGGGAGGGAGCUGCAGAGGGUGCACCACCAUUCCGGCGAUGCCACCGACCCUGAUCGUGCCGGGUCCCCGUUGGCGCCGGCGCCUCUGAUCAACCACAGCCUACAGGCGGCGGCCAACGGCGACGAGCGGCCGAGGUGGUUCUUGCACCCGGACCUGGUGCGGCCGUCGAGGCCUCUGCACGGCGCGGCGGGGUACAGCGGGCACGGAGGCGCCGUCCAGGCGUCGCAGCCCGUGGCGGCGACGGCGGCGAGCCCGUGGGGUGACGUGCCCAGAAUGCAGAGUUCAGGCUAUAGGGGUGAUGUAGACGUUGACACCUCGCUUCAUCUGUAAUCAUAUUCUACGUAUGUAUGGCGUCCCUGCCGUUCUUUCGUUAUUUUGUACGGCUUGUAAGCUC